AUGGGGAACUUCCGUAAGCUCGGCCGCCACGCCGCCCACCGCGUCUCGAUGCUCAGGACGAUGGUGUCGCAGCUGGUGAAGCACGAGCGGAUCGAGACCACCGUCGCCAAGGCGAAGGAGGUGCGGCGGAAGGCGGAUCAGAUGGUGCAGCUCGGCAAAGAUGGUACACUAGAUGCAGCAAGACGUGCCUCGGCAUUUGUUCGAGGGAUCGAGCUGGUGGGUAUACAAGACUAUUGCGAACCAGGAUACGAAUUGGCGAUGCUGCACCAAUGGCUUACAUCGAGUUUGUCGACCGGGAGAAUGAACUUCGAGAGGCCAAACCUGCCACUCCACCGCCUCCCCAGCGUGCCCCUCUUGAUCCAUGGACCAAGUCCCAUGCCAGCCAACAGUGGGCAGGGCCUAAAGUCAGCCAGAAGUCCAAAACAGAAGGGCUAUGAGAACCAAAAGCAUCGUUUAUCUUUAUUUUAUGUUUGUGAGAUUUUUUUUAUCUUUAGACGCGCUAAUUAG